AUGGGAGGCAGCAAAGGCGGCGGAGGCAGAGGCUCGGGCGGCGCCGGCAGCGGUGGCCGGAAUUAUUCCGGCGGUAAAGGUGGCGGUGGUGGGAUAAUGAAAGCACCCGGAGGUGGUGGAGGCUAUAUUUCGAGGACAACUUUUGAAAGUAAUCCAAAGGGUUAUUUUCAAGGGCUUCGACAUGGCUUUGUUAAGGGGCGGCGGCCGGCUUGCGGAGCGGUGCGACACCGUUAUUCUCAGGCGUUUGGGGAGGCUGUGCCGCUGCAUCCUAUCGUGACCCCGAAUGCAGAAAGCGCUCAUGGACCCCCGUCCCAACUUUGCCUUCCUGCCCCGUGCCCUUUCUUCGUAUUACCCCAUCUGAAACAAAUUCGGCCCGGAUUUUCGUCCUCGCAGGCGACAAACAUCUCCUCUUUCCUCAUCUUCUCCGAAGGUCCUCCUCCUCCUCUCACUCAGUCUGGAUUCUCAUCCUCGCAGCAACGGUAA